AUGGAGCACUCCCCCUCUAUGAACCUGUCAGUGGUGGAUGGAGAUGAGGUGGAGGACCACCACCCCCUCCUCCCGCAGAGGAUGGUCCAUGCAGCUCAGGCCUGCUCUCCACAAUGUGGGAUCCACCAAAACCUCCAAACACCAACCAAUCAGACCGUGUGGCUGGACAGAACCCAGGCCAUGGCCACCACACCUUUAUACAACGGUCACCUGUACGUCACAUGUUCACCUUGCUCCAGCAGACGGGGUGACAAAGGCAAGACAAAGAAAAGUGAGAAAAGAUCAGGCAGGGGUAGACAGAAUCCAGCACACAACCAGCACAAUCACAAGUGUAAGGCUAGAAACACAGAAGCUCUCAGACUGCAGGAGACUGUCACCUCUUUCAUUGACAUCUCCACGACCCCCUGUGGGUCCCCCGUUAAGGGCCCCUGCAGGUCCCACCUGGAAAUAAAAGAUGAGGGCAGAGGGCGCUGCACGUCUGGUAACGUUACUUUAGAGAUGCACGACCGGCAGACUCUCCCUGAGAUCAUCAUCACCAGCAGAGAUGACGACUUCCAGCCACACAGCGACACCACCCAGUACCACCAGGACCUGCAAGAGGCCAGAGGCCUGCUGCCCAGAGCAGAGAGAUCCAGUCAGAGCCCCAGUCCCCCACCCAGCCCGAAGGACGAUAAGGACGAGUCGUACUGGAAGACUCACAACAUCGGCUGGAGGCUGCUGCGAAGGAGGUCUCUGUUUUUGAGGAGGCAGCGGCUGAAUGACUGCGCCCUGGCAGUGGGGAUGUUUGGUAUGGUGUUGAUGGUGAUGGAGACAGAGCUCUCCUGGAGCGUCUACAGCAAGAGCUCAGUCUACUCCCUCGCAUUCAAGUCAGUCAUCAGUUUGUCUACGUUCAUCCUGGUGGGCCUCAUCAUAGCGUACCACUGCUGUGAGGUGGAGCUCUACGUUCAUGACAUCGGUGCAGAGGACUGGCGGAUUGCCUUGACGAGGGAGCGUUUUGCCCUGAUCAUUUUGGAGCUUGCGGUGGUGGCCAUUCAUCCAUAUCCUGUGGGUCUGUUAGCAUACUUUGAGCAGACGCUCCAUCACAUCCCGCCUCGCCUGUCGCUAUCAGAGACGGAGUUGGAGAUCGUCCUGGCCCUGCCCAUGUUCCUGCGCCUCUACCUGCUGGGCCGGGCCAUGAUGCUGCACAGCCGCCUCUUCACUGACACCGCGUCCCGCAGCAUCGGAGCGCUCAACAAGAUUCACUUUAACACCCGGUUUGUGGGGAAAACACUGAUGACCACAUACCCCGGGACAGUGCUGAUGAUUUUCAGCGUCUCUCUGUGGAUCGUGGCAGCGUGGGGCUUACACGUGUGCGAGAGACAUCACAACUACAGAGACCUGAGCAGCAACUACAUGGAGGCUUUGUGGAUGGUCUCUGUAACCUUCCUGUCCAUUGGUUACGGAGAUGUGGUCCCUCACACCUACUGCGGUCGCACUCUCUGCCUCCUCACCGGGAUCAUGGGAGCGGGCUGCACAGUGCUGGUGGUGGCGGUGGUCGCCAGGAAACUGGAGCUGACUAGAGCAGAGAAACACGUUCACAACUUCAUGAUGGACUCACACAUCACCAAGAGGAUAAAAAUUGCAGCAGCAAAUGUGCUGAGAGAGACUUGGCUGAUCUACAAACACACUAAGCUGUCAAGAGAAAGAGAUCACACCAGAGUCCGCAUGCACCAGAGGAAGCUGCUGCUGGCCAUCCACCAGCUGCGUCGAGUGAAGCUGGAGAAGCGAACACUUAUAGAUCAGGCUAACACACUUGUUGACCUCUGCAAAGUGAGAGAGAUGCAGACCCUGAUGUAUGACGUCCUGUAUGAGGUGCAGGGAUGCAGAACGGAGCUGAAGUCACACAUCUGUAGCCUGGAUAAGCACGUGGAGGAGCUGAGGGAGGGGUCAAGGAUCCUGAUGCCGCUCCUGUCCAGCACCCUGUCCACACAGAACUCCUCCAUCAGACACCUGCUCCGGGAGAGGGAGGGGAAGACAGAGGCGGCUGCUGCGAGCGUGGACAGGUAGAGGAAGGUGCUUCUCCGGAUGAGUUAUCAGUUAUGCAGUAAAAUGAACAGAAUGAGGCUUUUUCUUACAGAGAUGGAGAAAAGAGUUUAUCAAGUGAAAGAUGCAGACUUGUGCAAUUAUAAAAAGAUAGCAGGAUACUUUUUUGUGGCAAA